UGAGACUCCUGAUAGGCAGCGGGUGGCUAUGGCCCGGCCUAAGCCGUCCGGGAGCCGGAUGGACAGACAGCUGGAGCACGAUGUGUGUGAGCUCGUGCGGCGGGUUACUGGCCUGCAGGACGAGGCGGAUCCCAACUUCCAACUGGCCUUGAACUUCGCCUGGUCCAACUUCAGAUUUCAUCGUUUCUUGGAUGUCAACAGUCACAAAAUAGAAAAAACAAUAGAAGGGAUUUAUGAAAAAUUCACCAUUCAUUCUGAUCUCAGCAAAGCGGCUAGUUGGAAGAGAUUAACUAAGGAGUUUCUCAAUGCACCAUUUCCUGGCGUAGAGAAAAUAAAGUCUGUUUCAGAAGCACUCACCAACCAGUCUUCACUUCUUGUUAUAAAGACAGAUGCACAUUACUCCAUACUCUCGCUCCUCCUGUGUCUGUCUGAUUCUCCUUCAAACAGCAACUAUGUGGAGACACCAAGAGAUAAAGAAGUGGAAAAGAAAGAUGAUUUUGACUGGGGGAAAUACUUGAUGGAAGGUGAAGAAAUUGGCCUUGGUCCAAAUAUCGAUACACCGAACUGGUCUGAAGACAGUGAUGAUGAAGAUGCACAGCAGCCCUUAAGCAGAGAGGACUCUGGGAUACAGGUAGACAGGACCCCGCUAGAAGAACAAGACCACAGCAGAACAGGGGGGCCUCCAGUCGGCUGGGAAGCAGAUGAGCCAGAUAGCCGGAGUUGGCUGGAACAGCAUGUAGUCCAUCAGUACUGGACAACCAGGCGCUGCCGGAUCCCACACAGUGUGCAUUUGCACUCCAAUUUAGCUGCUGUCUGGGACCAGCACCUAUACAGCAGUGAUCCACUGUAUGUUCCAGAUGACAGGGUGGUGGUUACUGAGACACAGGUUAUUCGAGAAACCCUAUGGUUACUUUCAGGGGUAAAAAAGCUGUUUAUAUUUCAGUUGAUAGAUGGGAAGGUCACUGUGAGAAACAAUAUUAUUGUAACUCAUUUGACACAAAGCUGUUUACGAUCUGUGCUUGAACAAAUAGCAGCAUAUGGCCAGGUUGUGUUUCGGCUCCAGGAGUUCAUUGAUGAAGUCAUGGGGCACAGCUCUGAAAGCCUAUCGCCUGGAAAUGGUUCCAUGCCUAAGAAGCCGCCUGAAGCCCCCUUUAGAACCUACCAGGCUUUCAUGUGGGCCCUCUACAAGUAUUUCAUUAACUUCAAAGAGGAACUUACAGAGAUUGAGAAGUGCAUCAUCAGUAGUGAUACCACGGUAACACUUGCGGUGGUGGUGAACAAGUUGGCCCCGCGACUGGCUCAGCUCAAGGUCCUGCACAGAGUGUUCAGUACUGGGGUAGCAGAGGUCCCACCUGGCACUCGGAAUGUCGUCCGGGCAUCUCACCUGCUUAACACCCUGUACAAGGCCAUUCUGGAAUACGACAAUGUUGGAGAAGCCUCUGAACAAACUGUCUCCCUCCUGUUCUCUCUCUGGGUGGAAACAGUGCGGCCCUACCUCCAGACCGUAGAUGAAUGGAUUGUGCAUGGGCACCUGUGGGAUGGUGCGAGGGAGUUCAUCAUUCAGAGGAACAAAAAUGUUCCGGUAAAUCACAGAGACUUCUGGUAUGCAACCUACACAUUGUACAGCGUGUCGGAGAAGACUGAGAACGAGGACAGAAUGAGUGACAGUGCCAGUGCCAGUGCCGGCAGUGACCAGGGUCCCUCCAGCAGACAGCACACCAUGGUGUCCUUCCUCAAGCCUGUCCUGAAGCAGAUCAUAAUGGCCGGCAAGUCAAUGCAGCUGCUGAAGAACCUGAACUGUGCAGAGGGCUCUGCAUGUCAGGCGGCAGCCAGAGAUGCAGAGAGAAAAAGCUUAUAUACCCUCUUUCUGGAAUCUAUACAGUUGCGUCUUCAACAUGGAGAAGAUUCGACUCCACACAUUCUUACCGAACAUCAGGCAACCAAAGAGAACUUAAUAAAGAUGCAGUCCAUUGCUGAAAGGCAUCUUGAGCUAGAUGAUAUUCAUGACCCACUGCUGGCCAUCAACUUUGCAAGGUUGUAUUUGGAGCAGAGUGACUUUCAUGAGAAGUUUUCUGGUGGUGACAUCUGUGUGGAUAGAUCAUCAGAGUCUGUGACGUGCCAGACUUUUGAAUUAACGCUGAGGUCUUGCCUCUAUCCUCACAUUGAUAGACAGUAUCUACAUUGCUGUGGAAAUCUCAUGCAGACCUUAAAAAGGGAUUUCAGGUUGGUGGAGUACUUGCAGGCCAUGAGGAAUUUUUUCUUGAUGGAAGGUGGAGACACCAUGUAUGAUUUCUAUACUUCAAUUUUUGAUAAAAUAAGAGAAAAGGAAACCUGGCAGAAUGUGUCUUUUCUUAAUGUCCAACUCCAAGAAGCAGUAGGACAACGCUAUCCCGAAGAUAGUUUACGUUUAUCUAUAUCUUUUGAAAAUGUUGAUACAACUAAGAAGAAACUACCUGUUCAUAUCUUAGAUGGUCUUACCCUAAGCUACAAGGUCCCAUGGCCUGUGGACAUUGUCAUAAGUGUAGAAUGUCAAAAAAUUUAUAAUCAGGUGUUCCUUCUCCUAUUGCAAAUAAAAUGGGCAAAAUACAGCUUAGAUGUUCUACUGUUUGGUGAACUAGCUAAUGCUGCUGAAAGAUCCCAAGGAAAAGCAGACCUGCAUGAACAAGACACACUCCCCCAAUUUGGACCACCCCAAGAAUCGUUAAAACAGCAGAGUCAUCGUAUGUUUCUCCUAAGAGUGAAGCUCAUGCACUUUGUGAACAGUUUACACAACUACAUCAUGACCAGGAUUCUUCACAGUACAGGGCUGGAGUUUCAGCAUCAAGUUGAGGAAGCCAAGGAUUUAGAUCAGUUGAUUAAAAUUCACUACAGGUAUUUGUCAACCAUCCAUGAUCGAUGUUUGCUGAGAGAAAAGGUCAGCUUUGUGAAGGAAGCCAUCAUGAAAGUGUUGAACUUGGCGCUCAUGUUUGCAGAAGGUUGGCAGGCAGGCCUUGGAGCGUGGCAAAUGGAAUCUAUAGAGAAAAUGGAAUCUGAUUUUAAAAACUGCCACAUGUUUCUCGUAACCAUUUUAAAUAAAGCUGUCUGUAGAGGAUCUUUUCCCCAUUUGGAAUCUCUAGCACUGUCGCUCAUGGCUGGGAUGGAGCAAAGUUAAAUAUCUCUGAUGUAACAAGUACCUUAGACUUGAUCAUCAUCCAUGUACAUUUUCAUCAUUUGCCGCUGAGAAAUAAAAAUCUUGCCGGGCGGUGGUGGCGCACACCUUUAAUCCCAGCACUUGGGAAGC